AUGUCAACAUUUCCCAUCCAGGCAGCCUCCAAUAGCAGCUUCUCAAUGGACCCCACCUUCCUGUUGGUGGGCUUGCCAGGCUUAUCAACCGUCCCCUCCUUGUGGACAUUACCUCUCAUCACUGUCUACCUUCUUUCUGCCCUGGGGAAUGGCACCAUCCUCUGGAUCAUUGCCCUGGAGCCGACUCUCCACCGUCCAAUGUACUUCUUCCUCUUCCUGCUUAGUGUGUCUGAUGUUGGCUUGGCCACAUCCCUGAUGCCCACCUUGUUGGGUCUUGCCCUUGCUGAUGCUCAUGCUGUCUCUGCCUCAGCCUGCCUCCUACAGAUGUUCUUUGUCCAUGUCUUUUCUGUCAUGGAGUCUUCCGUUUUGCUUGCCAUGGCCUUAGAUCGUGCACUGGCCAUCUGCCGCCCUCUCCACUACCCAAGACUUCUCACUAAUGACGUCAUUAUCAAAAUUGGCCUAGCCAUUGUUUUCCGAUGCCUGGGUCUCCACUUACCGCUGCCAUUUCUUUUGGCUCGCAUGUCCUACUGCCGCCCACAGGUCCUGACCCAUUCUUACUGCUUGCACCCAGAUAUAGCCCGUCUAGCCUGUCCAGGAGCUCGGGGUGCAGUCUAUAGCUUCUUUGUGGUCCUGUCAGCAAUGGGAUUGGACCCCCUCAUUAUUUUCUUCUCCUAUGGCCUAAUUGGCAGGGUGUUGCAAGGUUUGGGGUCCAGUGAGGAUCGCUGGAAGGCUGGACAAACCUGUGCCACCCACCUCUCUGCUGUGCUCCUCUUCUACGUGCCCAUGAUCCUCCUGGCACUCAUUGACCGUCUUAGGGUUCCAAUCCCUCAGCCUGCCCAUACUCUUCUCUCCUAUAUCCAUUUCCUGCUCCCUCCAUUGAUAAACCCAAUUCUCUAUAGUGUAAAGAUGAAGGAAAUUAGAGAAAGAAUAUUCAAGAGGUUGCAGCCCAGGAAAGUGGGUUGUUCUCACUGA